AUGGAAAACGAGGACAGCGGACGAGGCCGGGAAGCAGACGGAGGCAGAGAGGGAGAUCUGCGGACGAGGAUGAGAAGCAGACGAGGACGGAGGAAAGUGGACGAGGAAGAGAUAAAGAGAACAGCGGACGAGGACGAGAAGCAGACGAGGAUGGAGAACAAUUUUGCCCCACCAGAAAAUGCAUGUGUUCUCUUUGCCAUCUCACUCCUCUUGUUCACAAUCAGUGCUAUGAUGGUGUAUGGAGCAAUUGCUCAUCGGGUUGGCUGGCUGAUUCCUUUCCUCUGUUACCAGCUUUUUGACUUUGUUCUCAGCUGUUUAGUGGCUAUAAGUUCUCUAACAUAUCUUCCAAGAAUAAAGGACUAUCUGGAUCAGCUACCAGAAUUCCCAUACAAAGAUGAUCUCCUUUCCCUUGAUUCAAGCUGUCUUCUGUUCACUGUUCUGGUGAUCUUUUUCUGUAUCAUCGUCUUAAAGGUCAGUUUUUUUAUAACUAUGUUUCAUCUUUUAGGAGACACUAAUGCCUCAGUUUUGUGA